UUGAAGUGUAAAAAAGAUCAAAUCUUGAAUCAAGUAAGCAAAAAAAAACAUGGAAAUCUUGAUCAAGAAAGGUCAUUUUCUAGUCUUUUUGAUCAUUUUUAUGAAUUUUUCCUUUUCAAGAACCAUUUCUCAAGAAUCACAAUCAAAACAAAUCUAUUGUGGAAACAUAAAGAUUGAAGAUCCAUUUGUUUCUCAAAACUCAAAAAAAUCAUCUUUCUUGAAGAACCUUGUCCUUUGUAGAUCAAACACUUUAUACUUCAAAACUUCUCUUGGCCUUUUCCAAAUUUCUUCAAUUGAUUACAACAACAAACUUUUAACUAUUUCUCAUCCUUCUUUUUCUUGUUUGAUGAUUGAUGAUGUCCAAUAUUUGGGAAAUGAAUUCCAUCCUAAAGAAAUGAAAUGUUCACAUUAUAGAAGAGUUUAUAAAAGUAGUACUUAUGAUCAAGAUGGGAAUAAUGUGAAAUUUGAGUUAGGGACAAGGAUAUCUUGGGAUAUUGAUCAUGUACCAAAUCCUUGUGAUGAGUGUAGAAAACCACAUGGUAAUUGUGGAGUUGGAUUGAGAUGUCUUUGCCAUUUAACAGAAUGUAAGGUGGAGGUUUCUGUUGGUGCAAUUAAGAGAUCUAGUGGUACUAUGCUCUUCUCUUUGCUUUUCUUGAUUGUACUUUUGGAUCAUCUUGAAGGGGUUUUAAUGUAGUUAAAUUCUUCACUCUCGUGUGUAAAAACAAGAUGUGUUUACUUAACUUAUUUGCUAUGAGAGAGUGAAAAAUUGUCAUGAAGACUAUCAAGAUGUAUUUACUUACUUGCUAUGCCAAAGAAUGAGAAUUCUUCAUGAAGACUUUGAAGAUGUACAUUGUACUACAUGAAAUUAUGUUGUUAUGUUGUACUAAAAAGUAUGUUGCUCGGACUCUCCAAAAAUGUCACUAGGUGCACGUCAAAUCCCUAAAAAAUAAGCACAUUUUUGGAGGAUUCGACACAGGUGUGGAUUCAUUUAUAUAGAGUCGGUGCAACAUAGCUAAAUAGUGUGAUGGAGAUCUAUCUUGCUCAGACUCUUUAAAAAUGUCAAUAGAUGUGUGUCAGAUCCUCCGAAAAGUAAUUUUGGAGGACUUGACAUAGGUGCAAGACUAGACAUUAGCUAAAAAAGUGUGUGAUGAAGAUUUCCUAGAUACUUCUUGUUUCAAUAUAUGUC